AUGCUCUCUCUCUCCUGCGUGUUUGAUGUUGCUCCCGACUGGGAUUGCUUGCUCUCGCCUACAGUUCGUCCUCACUCGAUCCUCCGCAGUCUCAUUGCUAGCGCUUUCUUCCAUGGUAACAAAUCCGUUCUGGAGAGGCCAACUGUGGACGCGAUUUUGAGUCUGUAUGAGGCGGUCUCUCAGUUAAGCCACUUAAAUCAUGUCGAUGCCGCCUCCAUCAGCGACGCGGUUAAGCGGGUGCUAUCUCUGGCAAAGCAGGAUGACGUUUUGAAUCUCCCUCUAAACAACCCAUCGCCUUCGAAUACUGCCGAUAGAGUCAACCUCUGCUGUCAGCUUUGUUCACUGAUAUUUUGGAAGUUACUCGAAAACCGUGGCUACGUUGAAGCUGGUUUUCCUACAACGAAUAUGGAAGAGUCACAAUUACUAUUGGAGACUUUUACUAAAGUAGAAUGCCAGUACUGGAUUCAGAAUGCCCCAGAAACCUUGAUAUGGAUUGUGUUCACUGGGGCCGCUGCAUGUCUUGAUGAGAAGGAUCGAGGAAGCUUUUUUCGAAUUGGUGGUAGAUCCCUAGCAGCCAUUGAUUCUGACAGCCUGACGUUGGUCAGACAAGGCUGGAGAUACUUCGGUCUGUUGAGGAGGCUAGCUGGCCUUUCAUCCCCUUCUGAGCUUCCUGGCGGAACAGAUUCAUAG